UAUUAAAACGCAUUUUGUGACCUUCCCCCUGCAGCUGAGUUUGGAGAGAGAUGCUGUCCACGGUGCAGCGUGUUCUGGCCAAGCUCGUCUCUCCAAUUUGGAGGACGGUGGAUUCAGACCAACAAGACAUGUCCAUCGGGGCGGGUUCGGAGGAGGUACGACACCUGCGGAGCAGUGUGGUGACCCAGAUCUGCCUGGACUAUGGCAUGAUAGACGACGUGAUCUACUUCACCGGCGCCCAGGUGUUGGGCGGCAUCCUGCUUCGAGUAGGGGACACCGUUGACGGCAUAGCAGUCCGCGACGGGGCCAAUGGGGGCUGGAAAGCCCUGAGGGUGGAGAAGACCCUGAACACCUGGGAGGGAAAUGGCGAGGACACAGAGUCUGACAGUAUGAGACUCCGCCCCCUCAUUGGCACGGUGACGUCAUUUAGCGGAGACAGCGGCUUAAUCAACCAGACAACGUUCUUCCCACGCUACAGUCUCCGGGAAGGUUACGAGCCCAUGAAGGGGGACUGGGUCCAAGCGCAGUAUUUCGUCAACCCGACCCAGUGGGCCAGCCAGGCCCACUCUGUGGCUCCGCUACGCUACCAGCGCUUGGACGAGGUCCGCGUGUCCAGCGUGUACGGGAGGAGUGGGGUGGUGGACGACACGGUCUUCUUCACCCUGGAGUCUCUGCUGCUGCCCUCCUCCUACAAACCCUCUCCGGGGGACAUGGUGAACCUGGUGAUGGUGGAGAGUAACCAGUCCUUCUACUCUUGGCGGGCCCUGUGCAUGGCCCCCUGCAAACUCAGCAGCGGGAAUGGGCCUAACGGAAAUCUACUGGAGGCUGAGAUCCAGAGUCUCCUGGAAAACAAGGGCUCCCUGGUGGUCUCUGAUUUUGGCGACUUUGGCGAGCUGGAGCUGGGGGAGAACCGAACGUUGGUGGUGUGGAUCCAGAACAUGGGUUCAGAAACCCAAAGGCUGAAGAGCUGCAAGUUGGCAGGCUGGGAUUCAUCCCAGCAGUUCUCCCUGGUCUCUGACCCUUGUUCCCCCAACGAGAAGGCUCCCAGCAGGCCUACGGCCGGGCAGACGACCGGCCCCGCGGCCCAGCCCGCCACGGAUCCCGUAGAACCUCAAGGGAAAGGAGGUGACGACAAAGAGCUGGGCCAAGGGCGUGGAGAGGCUGGCCUGGAGGGGACUGGGCACGAUGCUAGUGGGAAGGAUGGGACUGGGAUGGCUGGGCAGGACUCUGUGUCUGAAGAGAAGCAGGGAAAGGAGGUGGAUAUUGCUCCGGGAAAGAGGCUGUCUGUCGUCGUCGGCUGUACCGCUAAGAACACGGGCGGGUGCUCCGAGCUGCUCCUGCUGCACUACCCCUCCUUCACCAUCGGGAGGCGCCUGAACGUCGUGGUGAGCCGCCUGGAGGAGCGGCUCCUGCAGCCCAGCACGCCCUUCGCCUCCUGCGACAUCCGCCUGGCCCCCGACACGCCCUCUCGCGUCGUCACGGUUACGGCACCUUACGUCCCCUCAAGGCUCACGAAGCGGAGGCUGCCCAACUUCUUGGGCAGCUACCCGGUGCCCCAGGCCGUGAGGGAGUGCGUGGAGGCCAAGAGAGACGUGCUGGUGGUGCAGCCCUGUCUGGGAGAGGUGCUGGCAGCCUCCAACAUGCGCGCCCGCUUCGACGUGCUGCUGUGGCUGGAGGAGCUGCAGGCGGAGGGCGAGCUGAAGGAGUUCUCCAUCACCGCGGCAGUGCUCCGCAAGGGGGUCCAGUACCUCCACCUGGACAUCCCGGGCCUGGCCGAGGGCCGGCCCAGCCUGUUCGUAGGGGACAGGAUUGCGCUGAAGGAGCCCCAGUGUAACGGCGUGACGACGGAGUACAUCGCCCUCGUCAACGAGAUCCACGAGGAGGAAGUGAGCUUAAGGGUGAACGCAGAACUGCGGCAGCGCUAUCAGGGAGAGCCGCUGGACGUUGAGUUCACCUAUAACAGGGUGACCAUGAGAAGGUGCCACCAUGCCCUGGAGCAGGCCAAGCACUUUGGAAUGGUUCUGUUCCCCACGGAGGUCAUCCUCCAGGCGUGCCAGUGGACCGGGAGGUGGCUAGAGGAGCCAGGCAAGGAGGAGAGUGAGGUGAUGAUGGCGGAACACCAUGACACGGUGUCCGGUGUCUCUGUCGACAUGAAGUCCAAGGCCACUCAGACCAAAGGCGGGGGGCUGCCGAGCAAAGCCGUGCCCACCGAGGGCAGCUUCUUCAACCCCCUGCUCAACGCCUCGCAGAGGGAGGCCGUGAGGAGGGUCCUGGCCGGGGAGUGCCGGCCCACCCCUUACAUUCUGUUCGGACCCCCCGGGACGGGCAAGACCAUCACCCUCAUAGAGGCCGUACUGCAGGUGUACCACUUUGUUCCCAGUAGCCGCGUGCUGGUGUGCACCCCCUCCAACAGCGCCGCGGACCUCGUCUGCAUCCGCCUGCACCACAGUGGCUACCUACAUGUGGCCAGUUUGGCGCGCAUCAACGCCUCCUGCAGGCAAGAAGAGUCCAUCCCCGAGGUGCUGCGGCCGUACUCCAAGGCCGGGGAGGACGUCCGCCAGGCCGCCUUCCACAGGAUCGUGGUCACCACCUGCUCCAGCGCCGGCAUGCUCCACCACAUAGGACUGCCAGUCGGACACUUCACCCACGCCUUCCUGGACGAGGCCGGCCAGGCCACGGAGCCCGAGGCCCUCAUCCCCUUGACGCUGGUCUCCGAGAAGGACGGACAAAUAGUGCUGGCUGGAGACCCCUGCCAGCUGGGGCCCGUGGUGAAGUCCAACCUGGCCACGGCGUUCGCCCUGGGGAUGUCCAUGCUGGAGCGGCUGAUGGCCAACCCACUCUACUGCAGGGCAGAGUGGGGCUACAACCCCUUAAUGGUGACGAAGCUGAUGUACAACUACCGCUCCCACGAGGCCUUGCUGAGGCUCCCGUCUAAGCUCUUCUACCACGGAGAGCUGUGCGUGCGGGCCCCCAAGUCUGUGGUCAACUCCCUCUGCGACUGGAAGCGCCUCCCCACGAAGGGCUUCCCGCUUCUGUUCCACGGAAUCAGGGGAACGGAGAUGCGGGAGGGGGCAAACCCGUCGUGGUUCAACCCAGGGGAGGCGGUGCAGGCCAUGCUGUACUGCUGCCAGCUGGUCAAGAGGCUCUACAACCCAAUCAGCCCUGCCGACAUAGGCAUCAUCGCCCCCUACAGGAAACAAUCGGAGAAAAUCCGUACCCUGAUGGGCCGGGUGGGUCUGUCGGACAUCAAGGUGGGGUCUGUGGAGGAGUUCCAGGGACAGGAGUUCCUGGUCAUCAUUCUGUCCACGGUGCGCUCAAACGAGUCGGUGCUGGGGGAAGACCUCCAGAACAUUCUGGGCUUCCUGUCCAACCCCAAACGUUUCAAUGUGGCCAUCACGCGGCCCAAAGCCCUGCUCAUAAUCAUCGGCAACCCCCACAUUCUGGUUAAGGACCUUUGCUUUCGCACCUUACUACAGUACUGCUUUGACAACGGGGCGUUCAUCGGCUGCGACCCACCGCCCUCUCUGCGGUCCUCUCGCAGGAAUGUGGAUAAGGACGAGAAGCCAGAAGGAAACGGGCCACAUGAGGAAUGACCGACACCUCUUCCUCCCCUUUACUUUAAUCACUACAUCUUAUUUUGCACUUGAAUGUUCAUCUUCCAUUCCAAAUAAGUGCUUUGUGAUGAAUGUGGACGACUUUUAAACCGAACAUUAUUCAACCAUAACGGAAUUGCAAAAUAAAUAUAUAAACUGCAUUUGAAAUCACA